CUCUUGCUUCUGCCCUUGAUGGAGCUUAUCGACGCGUCGCUGGGGCCACGCCUGCCGCCCGAGCUGGAGCGUGAGAUCUUCGAGGCCGCGGCUGAGAUGGACCCGCCAUCGAUUCCGCGGCUCCUGGUCGUGGCGAAACGCGUGCAGCUGUGGAUUGAGCCGCUUGCAUACCACACUGUGACCGUGGACGACUCGAAGCGGUUCCUGUCGUUCCUCGACAACGCCAACGGCGGGUGGAAGCCGCCCGCGUUCUUUGCGCAGCACGUGCGGUACCUCUUCAUCCACAUCACGACCGACGACGGUGUCCCGCUCCAGCCGGCGCUCUCCGCGCUUAAGCUCUGCACCGGCAUCACACGCAUCGCCGGCGCCGGCCCGCUCGUCUGCCGCGACCUCCUCCCGGUCCUCGCCGGUCUGCGCCUCGAGCGCAUCGCGCUGUUCCUCACGCACGUGUUCCCGGAGCUGGAGGAGGUCGACCUCGGGCUGGCGUGCUUCCAGACGCUGACACACUAUGACGUGUUCGACUACCUCCCCGAGCACGCGCAGGCGCUCAUGUACGUCGGCAAGCUCGCCCUGCUGCCCUGCCUGACACACGUGUCCCUCAACGACGACGUCCCGUGGCCGGCCGUCGAGGAGCUCUUGCAGACGUGUGCCACUCUGCGUGUGCUGGUGCUGCAGUGGGCGGACGGGGUCGAGACGGGCAUCAAGCGCGCGGCGGAGACGCCGAUCCGCGACGCAAGGUUCGUGAUGACGAUGUUCGACGACAUGGAGGAGGCAGCGUGGGACGCGCCGAACCUGUGGACGCUCGCAGAGGAGUUCAUCGAGAACAAGCGGCAGGGCCGGAUUGACGAGACUUGUUUCUGGAUGCAGCGCGCAGACUGGCCAAAGAACGAUGACGACGCUCCUGAAUCAAGUGCGGAAACUGAGGGGAACUCGAUACCAGUCGCCGGGCUGUCCUUGCAGGAUGCGUAG